AUGCAUUCCUUUGCUUUUAGUGUUUCUUCCAACACUGAUAUUCCACCAUCACCUCCAGUCGAACAGGAACAAUACCAGAAAUACAGGCACUCGAGACCUCGAGAUGCCAAUUCCUACCAUCCAAAGUUCAUGUUACACCCCAGCAACGUUCCUGUGGAAGAUGAAUAUACGGCCAGAUUGAAACAACUUACAAAAAAAAUUCAGUCUCUUAGAAAAAAGAUUAAACUUUUUGAAGAAAAUUUUGAAAAAGAACAUGGUUAUCGACCUUCUCAGAGUGACAAGACUGCUAAAGCUGAAAUUAAGAAGUACAUGGCUGACUUAACAAAAGCAAGGAAAGAAUUAAAAAAACUAAAAGAAGAAGCAGAGAUGAGCAGCCGGAGCCGGCAUGGGAGCGGGGCAUCCUCUGGUGGUUCUGAGUCACCCACUAGCAUCCCUACCAUGGAACAAACUUUGGAGUCUAUCAUGAAGAAACUCAAAGAGAAACGGCGAGAUGCCAGAAGACCAGAAGAAUUGGAGCUGAUGACCCGUGACCAGAUCCAAGAAGAAAAGCUGGCCAUACAGAAAUCCUUGCUCCAUUUCGAAGGCAUUCAUGGCAGGCCUUCCUCCAAAUUAGCCAAGGAUCUUAUGCGACCCUUAUAUAACCAUUAUCGAUUGGUGAAACGAAUGUUGGCAAAACCAGCAUCGCCUCGAGACACAGCUGAGUUGCAAACUGUCCCAGAGGAUCAGCCAUUUGAACUUACUGCUGCUCUACCAACAACAACAACAACUGCACGUCAAGCUUGGAAAUCAAUCCAUGUACCUACGGCUGAUUUGGAAGAUGAUGAAAACUUUGAUGCAGCUGCAGACUUUUGUAUUCCACGUGACCCUCUGUUGCCCCGAGACACAAUUCGCAUUCUCCCCAUGACCUCAGGGUCAUCAAAAUCUUGGCAAAGUGGAGAAAGUUCUAGCAACCAGGAAUCGACAUUACAUGAAAUGACUGUCCCUCAGUUACAAGAGGAGUUGACAAAAUCUCGGGCAGAGAAGAGAAAAUUAAGGAAGAUUUUACGAGAAUUUGAGAAUGAUUUUCUUGAACAACAUGGCCGAAAAGUACAAAAAGAAGACAAAAUUCCUCUCCAAGAAGACUACCAAGAAUACAAACAAGUAAAGGCUCGUCUUCGAUUACUGGAAGCUCUUUUAUCAAAACAUCAACAACAGAAACUAUGUGAAAUGGAGAAAGGGCUUUAG